AUGCGUGCACCAGUAAUAGACGAGAAUUUCACAGGUGAAUUCAUCGCGCAAAGCAGCCUUGAUCGAGCCGAAGGCCAAGUAGCAUUGAUCGGCGCUCAGCAUCUUCCGCUCAUUACUCGCCGACUCAAUCUUUAUACCGGUCUUGGUGCACAUGUCGGCUGGCUCGAAAAUGACCCAGAUCGAGCGGUGGACUACAAGGCGCCAGCAGGUGUAAGCUUUAUAGGUGGUGCAGAAGUGAAUUUAAAGCGAUUUACUAUCAGCCUCGAUUACAGACCAGUCCUCAAUCUCAGCGGGGGAGAGAAGACCUUCUAUUCUACAUCGGCAUUUACUUUACGAUACAUUGCGGUAAAGCGUUACGGUAUUUUCACCUCACCUCGAGAGCAACGUAAGAAGAAACGUGUGAAAAAGCGACGCCAAAAGGCACAGGAUCGCGAAGCUAAGGAGCCUAAGCCGGAUGCGAAGGUGACGCAAGCAAAGACAUUUUCUUCCACAGUCUUUGAAUUACCAAAAUUGACAUUUGGAUUUGAUGCUCUUGCUCCGAAUAUCGAUGCGCGGACUAUGCAAAUUCAUCAUGGCAAGCAUCAUGCGGGAUACGUGCGAAAACUGAACAAAGCUCUAGAAGGUCAAGAAGGAUUUGCAGGCAAAAGUCUCGAAGAAAUAUUGAUGGCGGUUGGGAAUAAUGAUACAGCCAUCCGAAACAACGGAGGUGGACACUAUAAUCAUAGUUUAUAUUGGUCAAUCAUGUCACCAAAGUCGAGCAUGCCUCAAGGCGAUAUGCUUGAUGCGCUCAAUUCGGCCUUUGGAAGUUUUGAAAAGUUUAAAUCCCAAUUCGCAGCUGCGGCAACAAGUCAAUUUGGAUCAGGCUGGGCGUGGUUAAGCGUGGAUGAGAACAUGAAACCAAUGAUUAGUUCUACACCCAACCAAGACAACCCCCUGAUGAAAGGUGUUUUGGGAAAAUCAUCUAGACCGUUGUUUGGUAUAGAUGUGUGGGAGCAUGCCUAUUAUCUCAACUACCAAAAUAGACGUGGCGAUUACGUCAAUAACUUCUUCAAUGUGAUAAAUUGGGAUGUCGUGACAGACAGAUUUAAAGACUUCGCUAAAGGAUAA